AUGUCCGCUACUACAGAAAACCCCCAGACCAGUCACAUCUGCACUGACGACCUGCUCGACAAGCAACUCGAACGAUUUUGGGAAGUCGACAACUUCGACGUCGGAAGAUCCUACACUCCCGACGAACAACGCUGCGAAGAUCAUUUCCAACAAACCGUUGGACGAGAUACAGACGGGAGAUACAUCGUCCGUCUACCGCUGCGAGAAGACAUGUUGCCAAUGCUCGGCGACUCCUACCAGCUCGCAUUUCGUCGCCUCCAGUCUAUGGAGAAGAAGUUCGCUGUCGAUGUAGGUCUCCGUAUCGCCUACCACGAGUUCCUGGAGGAGUACGAAAGUCUGGGGCACAUGGAGGAGGUGAAUCCGCGCGCGUCGCGUAGCCCGCAGUUUUUCCUACCCCACCAUGCCAUCCACCGGCCUGAGAGUUCCACCACGAAGACACGAGUAGUAUUUGAUGGAUCCUGUCGAAGUUCUACCAGCUUAUCACUCAACGAAGUUCUGUUUGUUGGGCCAACAGUGCAGCCAGCUCUGUACUCUACCGUCAUCAAUAUCUGUCUUCCUCGGUACGCCGUCACCGCUGACGCCGAGAAGAUGUUUCGACAGAUCUGGGUGCACCCGGAUGACCGGAAGUAUCAGCAAAUACUCUUCCGGAAAGAUCCAUCAGAACCAGUUCGCAUCUACCAGUUGAAGACAGUCACCUACGGUCUCGCUAGCUCGCCGUUCCACGCUACUCGUGUGCUCAACCAGUUGGCCACUGACGAAGGAGAACGUUUUCCAUUGGCGGUUCCUGUCAUCAAGAAGGGAACGUACGUAGACGAUGUCCUCACCGGCGACGACGACCAAGUCAAGCUUGCCGAAACUUGUCGCCAAUUGAUGGAGAUGCUACACCAAGCAGGCUUCGUUCUACGUAAAUGGGCCACCAACAAUACCGCCGUUCUCGCCAGCGUUCCUCGUCAGUUGUGGGAAACCAAACCAGAACUAGAAAUCGAUCGCUCCCCUACUGUGAAGACAUUGGGACUUCUCUGGUUUCCACAGUCGGAUACAUUCCAGUUCAAGAUUCCAGCUCUGUCGCCGCUGGAUGUCGCAACAAAACGCCUCGUCGUAUCCGAGAUGUCGCAACUGUUUGAUCCGCUCGGCCUUCUGGGACCCGUAGUGAUGAAAGCUAAGAUGUUCGUUCAAGUGCUUUGGGCAGAACACCGGUCGUGGGACGACCAACUGUCCGAAGAACACUCCAGCUGGUGGACAAUCUACCGCUCAGAGCUCAAUCAGCUACAGGCACUCUCCGUGCCGCGCAGAGUCGUGCAAAACCGCCAUUACAGUCUGCAUUGCUUCUGCGACGCCUCGAAAGCAGCAUACGGUUGCUGUAUCUACAUCGUUUCCCGUGACGAGCUCGGACUGUCCCAUAGCCAUCUGCUGACAGCCAAGUCACGUGUUGCUCCACUACGUGGACAAUCCAUCCCUCGCCUGGAGUUGUGCGCCGCGCUACUCGGCAGCCAGCUUGCCGACAAUCUCCGGCAAACAACGGAUUUCGUCGAACCUCCAACGUUUUGGGUUGAUUCCAGUAUCGUGCUUCACUGGAUCAAGUCGCAGUCAAAUGUGUGGAAGGUUUUCGUCUCAAACCGGAUCGCAGAGAUCCAACGCCUUACCAAGGACUGCAAGUGGAGACACGUUCCGUCGGAAAUGAAUCCAGCAGACCGGAUUUCCCGAGGGAUGAUGGCAAGUCAGAUCUCGAAGGACGAUUUGUGGUGGCAUGGACCGAGUUUCCUCAAAGAACCCGUCGACAGUUGGCCCGAGUGUGUGGUUUCGAUCCCGGAUCUUCCGGAUUUGCAGCAGGAAGCCUGCCCAGUCAUCGCUCUGCACAGUGCUACCGUCGACCAAACACUGUGCGAACGAUUCACGGACUUAUUCAAGCUAAUCCGUGUCGUAGCACGAUGCUACCGAUUUUUCAACAAUUCAAGGCUCCCGCGGAGCGACCGCACCAUUGGUACACUGACCCCAGAGGAAGGUGAGCAUGCGCUCAAGAUUCUCGUACGACAAGUUCAGUUAGCGUCCUUCCCAGCUGAAGUUCACCACUACCGUAGCGCUCAAAGCAUUCCAUCCGUAUCUGCAACAUCGAAAUCGCCACUCAAGGACUUGCAGUUGUUCAUGGAUCAGUUCGGUUUGCUCAGACUCUGUGGACGAUUAGCAAAUAUGAAAGCACCGUACGACACUCGUUACCCGAUCACCGUCUCAGUUGGCUCAUCGCCCGAUCCAGUCACAUCCGAACACUUCACGGCGGUCCAACGCUUACGCUCGCUACGAUUCGUCAACGAUUUUGGCCAGUCCGGGGUCGACAGCUAG